AUGAAGCUCUAUGUGGUCACGCAAAGGAAGCGACUGCCAGAGCAAUUUGACAGGGUCCUUAUGAUCCUGUCAUACAUGAAAGGAGGACAUGCGGGCGAAUACGUCGCCACAUACAUGAAGAAGUAUGACACGGAUGAAGAUACCGUGAUCAAAACCACGAACGAUCUAUGGAAGGAUUUAGACAUACACUUUCUAAUCGAUGAACAGGCAGAAGCGUACGAUAGGCUGCAGGCAAUGCAGAUGGGAGCGCUAUCGGCGCAAGAGUUCUUCUCGAAGUUCGAGUUGUGUGCCUUCCAGAAAAAGCACUCCGGGCCGACAUCAUUCGGCUUCUAUAUAAUUCAUCAGAGGAACUCCCCGCUACAUACGCGCUAUACAAACAACGGGCCGCGCGCAUCGACCUAA